AUGUUCAAUCCACUCAGCGAGUGGAACCUCACUAUAACGUUGACAGCAUCAGACAUAGAUGUGAGCAAUCCGAUAACGAUCCCGAAAGAGUUAGUAGAAGCCAAAAUCUUUCCCCGGUGGGGUAAAAUACGUUGCGAAGCAAUGCAAGAACCUGAUUCGUUCGUGAUGGUGAAUCUCUAUUGCCACCAUUCUAACGGUACAAAAGGUGUGGCAAUGAAGAAAGAUGAGCAUGGAAAUUUCAAGUUAUAUGGGUGGCAUUCCGUUCUUGAGGGAAGAAGUAUCAAGACGGGUGACGUUAUUGGGUUUUGGUGGGAUAAAUAUUCUGGUAGGCUUAAUCUCGAACUACUCGUGAUUGCUUAG